CCCGCGCUCAUUGCCGAUGUGGAGGAGCUUUAACUCGUCGGGGUGAACGCCGGCCGGGGCGGAGGUCCUCUGGAGGAGUCUGGAGUCCCAUGAGGACGAUGCAGAGCAGCGAGCCAGAGGCGGCUCCACGCCGAGGAGACCCCGACCUGCUCAGACUCAAACCGACGCUCUGAGGGAUGGACGGCUGCUCGCUGACACACUAGCUGUUCUCUGAUUGGCUGAUCCCUGACAACUGCAUCAAGAUGGCUCACCUGUUCCUCGCCAGCAAGAUCACAAUGCCCGAUGACCUCCACGGCAAAGGCGGUGGUGGCAGGGUCCCCCGGAGCGCCAUGAAGGUGCCGCUGUCCAUCUCCGCCGAGAAGCUGAGCCGGGACAAGCCCAGGAAGGAUCGUAGAGUCGUCGUGACAACUCACGUCCCGCAUGUCAACGAAGUCCAGCUUACAGCGGCGACGGGCGGCGCCGAGAUGUCCUGCUACCGCUGCACCAUCCCGUUCGGCGUGGUGGUCCUCAUCGCCGGCAUUGUGGUGACGGCGGUGGCCUACACCUUCAACUCCCACGGGUCCACCAUCACGGUGCUGGGACUGGUGCUGCUGUCUGUCGGGCUGGGGCUGCUGGGCGCCAGCGCCAUCUGCUGGAAGGUCCGACAGAAGAAGAAAAAGGACAAGCGACGGGAGAGCCAGACCGCCCUCAUGGCGAGCCACGGGUACUGCGUGGUCUGAGCUCAGACCUCUGAAGUGAAUAACAACACAAACUAACAGGAAGUGAGACGCUUUACAAACUGCAGAGACCUCGCUGUGCUGUUUCCUCCUGCAGCUGACGCGAGGACGGCCGCAGAUGUUAAAGUGAGACGAGCAGAGCGAAGGACGCGUCUCGGACAAAACAUUAAUAAUGGAGACGCCUUCAUCAGCUGGAGGUGUUGGAUGAGGAAAAGCUUGCUUUAGUGCUGACACAAAGAGAUAAAUAACACGUCAUUAACUUUACAAAUAUGCUGAUAAACCAGUUGUUCAUUUUUUCAAGUAGAAAUUCAGAAUAUUUUCAGGUCCCAGCUCCUCAAAUCUGCCCGAUUUUUCUGAUUUAUCUGUCGUUGAGGUUCUGGAGUACAAACAUGUGAACCUCCAAACACCCACCCUGCACUGGGGGCCCAUUAGAGGAGCCCUGAGCCCAGACAGGCGACCCGGUGGGUGUUCAGAGGUCUGGGUAACAAACUCAAAGCCCCUCAGGUCCUCUUCUUUAUUGUUGGAGCAGGUAAAUGGAUUCGAUCUAAUUAUUGCCAAAACAUCAAUUUUCUCAAAGACAUAACUCAGCAGGUUUGUAGUUUCCACACAGGACACGUUAGGAUUACGGCUGAUGCUUUUAUUCUGAAAGUACCUGCAGCUGUUUUAAUGACAUGAACCUUUAAGUGUUUUCAAAAAAAUAAGAAGAAUUGAUUCAUUAAAAGCCACCGAUCAGAUUUUGGAUAAUAUCAGUGUUUAGUUGACAGCUUCUUAAAACUCUCAUUUAUGAUGCACAGUAUCUAACUAAAGCUGCUAAUAAGCUAUAAAAGACAUUUAAAGGUACUCUAACGUAGACGUUUCUCUGAGUUUGUAUCUCUCAUCGGUCUAAUUUGUGGCCUCCGUCCGUUUCCCCGGGAUACACAGAGCAUUCCUUCGGGUGGAGAUUUCAUCAUGGUUUGAUGUUUCUGGUGAGACUGUGUUUCCCUCUGAUGUUGGGUUCAGACUACAGGGAGGGUCGGAUUAGAUGGUUUUGCGUCACAUCGGGUCAUUAACAUGCCACGAACAUAAACAUGACAAUCAUAGCUGCUCGCUGUGUUUCACAACCUGAUAAAAGUCUCUGCACACGAGGACCGAGGGACCAACGCAAAAGUAAUCAUGUGCCGUGGCGUGCGCGGCAGAGCUCUCAGACCGCCGAGGACGACUUAUCUGUGUUUCCGUCUGAAUCUGAAAACCCAUUAAAAACCCCACGAACCCUCAGAGCGGAGUCUUAACGAGAUUAAUGAAUGACGUGAGCAGAUCACUAUCCCAAACUCAAACCGGACUCCAUGAUGUCUCCCAACGUGAAGAAAAACGACCUCCUCGCCAAUUUAUCCCGUAAGAAGUUUAUGUCAGAUUUUGCCGUUAAUUGUCCCAGGAAUUCUUGAGUUAUGGCCGUAACAGUACGGAGCCCCGCAAGGGACAUGGGAGAAAAAAAAAUUACGAUGAACUUUUGCGAGAUCUCGCAAAACAAACUCGGGAUCUCGCAAAAGUUUUGUGAGAUCUCGCAAAAGUUUUAACCGCAUUCAGAGGCCGCCAGCUCGAAGCUGACCGGGAGGUCGAGGCACGAUGUGCCGGGAGAGCGGUGUUCCCCCCGGCUAUAGUAGGUCUCGACCUCCCGUUAGCUUCAAGAUGGUGGGUGUUAGACGUCUCCGAAAACGUCGGAGCACUUUUGCAAAUAUGUGAUGUCUUGUAAAUCCAGCAGAUAUUUGACGUUUACACAGCUACAUUCACACCUCAAAAUAUCUUAAAAGUUUAUUUUGUGACCCAGAAAGAGUAAUAUUACAACUAAGUAGCUGCCGCCAUUGUUGGAAUUCAACUUUUGCGAGAUCCUGAGUUACCUUUGCGAGAUCUCGCAAAAGUUCUUUUUUUUUUUCUCCCAUGUCCCUUGCGGGGCUCCGUAUAACAGCGAGUUGGACCUUUAUCGCUAAAUUAAGUGCUAACAAUUUCCAUCCAAUCCUGCGAUAUCACGUUCAUAAUAAUGAAACGCACGUACUACCUGGAAGAAUCCGCCUCCAGGCCUCACCUGUCCCCGCCUUAAUCGUUCUACGUUAGUGGUGCCUUCUUGGAGGUGAAACUUGGUGGGGUUCCUUCUGUGGAGGUGGAGGAGACGACAUCCUCAGAGAAAGAGCUCCCCCUGGCUCGUCCGAGUGUUUCCCACUUCAUCCAUACUGUGGGAUCAUUGCGUGUGUCAUAAACCAUCAAAUCUUCCAUCUGAUGACGUUCUUCAGCGCUUGGCGUCUCUGCGUUGGGGCUGAUAUCGCUCUCAUCGUGGAGUCUGAACCCAACACGGUGACGUAGCUGAGCGACGUGCAGUGCUGAGGUCACAAAUAGACCGAUUCCUGACAUGCAUGCUACUCUGUGUGUUUAGUGCACUAUGAUGCAGAUGUAUCCACUGUAUUAAAGCUGUUUAGCUCCUAUUUAUUCUGUUGGUGGACGUGUUCGUGUAAAAUAUUUGUUCUAUUAAAGUCAGCCAA